GCAGAACAGUCCUCCCUGUAAGAGCCUAACCAUUGCCAGGGAAACCUGCGCUGGGCGCUGCCUUCAUUAUCAGUAUUUUUUUUAUUAAUCUGAUUAAUAAUUAUUUUCGCCCCAUUUAAUUUUUAUCCUCCCAGGUGGAGUUGCCGGAAGGUGGGGGCACCUAGGGAGGUCGGUAAUGAGAGGGGAGAGGCAGGAGUUGAGGGUAUCUCCCUCUCCCUACCCAGACCCUCUGGCCCCCAAGGGGCAGGAGGAAUGCAGGAGCAGGAGUUGCGAUAGGGAGCUGCAGAUGCCUCUCCCCCUCCCCUCUCCUAGGCUUUCUCUCCUGACCCCUUCCUGCAACUCUCCUUAAUUUUAUUUGGCUUUUUGAUAAUCAGGACUAUUCUUUUUUAUUUUAAUUUAUAUAAAGUAUAUGUGUGUGUGGAGCUGAAACAGGCUCGGCAGCGGCACAGAAUGAGGGAAGAAGAGAAAGACAGAGAGUGGGAGAGAGAGAGAGAGAGAGAGGCAGAGAGAGAGGGAAAGAGGGAGAGUGACAGCAGCGCCCGGACGUCCUCCCUAACGUCGCCCUCAAUUCCACCGCCUAUGAUCCAGUGAGGCAUUUCUCGACCUAUGGAGCAGCCGUUGCCCAGAACCGGAUCUACUCGACUCCCUUUUAUUCGCCACAGGAGAAUGUCGUGUUCAGUUCCAGCCGGGGGCCGUAUGACUAUGGAUCUAAUUCCUUUUACCAGGAGAAAGACAUGCUCUCAAACUGCAGACAAAACACCUUAGGACAUAACACACAGACCUCAAUCGCUCAGGAUUUUAGUUCUGAGCAGGGCAGGACUGCGCCCCAGGACCAGAAAGCCAGUAUCCAGAUUUACCCCUGGAUGCAGCGAAUGAAUUCGCACAGUGGGGUCGGCUAUGGAGCAGACCGGAGGCGCGGCCGCCAGAUCUACUCGCGGUACCAGACCCUGGAACUGGAGAAGGAAUUUCACUUCAACCGCUACCUAACACGGCGCCGGCGCAUCGAGAUCGCCAAUGCGCUCUGCCUGACCGAGCGGCAGAUCAAAAUCUGGUUCCAGAAUCGCAGGAUGAAGUGGAAAAAAGAAUCUAAUCUCACGUCCACGCUCUCAGGGGGCGGCGGAGGGGCCGCAGCUGACAGCCUGGGCGGAAAAGAGGAAAAGCGGGAAGAGACAGAAGAGGAGAAGCAGAAAGAGUGACCAGGACUGUCCUUGCCACCCCUCUCUUUCCUUCUCCCUUUGCUCACCCCAACUCUCCCCUAAUCACACACUCUGUAUUUAUCACUGGCACAAUUGAUGUGUUUUGACUCUCUAAAGCAAAAUUAGGGAGUCAAACGUGGACCUGAAAGUCAGUCUGGACCCCCUCCCUCACCGCACAACUCUUCACCAUUGGCCUCCUCCUCCUAGCUCCCUCGCUAGCUCCUUCUCGGCUUGUCUGCAGGCCCCUUUCCCCGCCCAGGCCUUGGGGGCUCUCAGCCCUGAGCCUUGCUUCAGACUCCACAGAUCUCCCUCCACAUGAGGACUUGACUCCCCCCACCAGUCGCUUGACGUCCCCCACCCCCGCCCCCGCGCCCAGAGCGGGCUCGCGGGCCUGGGGCCUCUGUUCCCGGGCCUUAGGGCCCGGCCUGGCAGCCCGGGAGAGCCGGAGGCCCAAGGAGGGCGCGCCUGGGCCCCACAGCAACCCCCAGGGCCUCCCCGCAAUCCCUGUCCGGCCCCUCUGCCCCAGCAAAUGCCCAGCCCAGGCAAAUUGUAUUUAAAUAUUCCUGGGGGUCAUUAUGGCAUAUUACAAACUGUGACCGUUUCUGUGUGAAUAUUUUUAGCUGUAUUUGUGGUCUCUGUAUUUAUAUUUAUGUUUAGAACCCUCAGUGUUCCGAUCUCAUUUAAAAAAAAAGGAGAAAAAGAGGGAAAAUUACAAAAAAAGAAAAAAAGUGAAUGACAUUUGUUUAGCCAGUAGGAGAAAAUAAAUAAAUAAAUCCCCUCGUGUUACCCUCCUGUAUAAAUCCGACCUCUGGAUCCGUUCUCGAAUAUUUAAUAAAACAUAUUAUUUUUAAAA